AUGUCGACCCUCCAUCCCAACAAUGCCUACUAUCAAGGCCCUUCUCCCGUCCCCCCGCCCCGCCCUCAUUCUGCUUACGACUAUCACCAGCAGCAAGCUCCUCAGCUCGCCCCUGCGCCCCCCGCCCGACCAAGCUCGGCUUACACUGCGCCAUACCCUUCGGCACCUGAUCAGCCCCGACCACAGUCCUCUUGGUCCCAUCUAGAGCAGUUCAGUACCUACGGGAGCUCAUAUCAGCCGGCUGCUUUCGAACCUCCUAUCCAGGCCUUCGAAGAUAUGCGCUUGGUCAGACCUCAGUCUGCUAUGCAGAGUCGUGCCAGCCACGCUUCAUACAUUCCUCAGCAAGGAGCGCCUCUUGACAAUGUCGUGCCAGAGUCUGUGAUCAACUCAAGGAGCUCGUACAUCGAUUCUCCAGUCUCCGCUCCCCUCCCACAAGCCGCCCCUCCUUUCGAAGCCCGGCCUCUGCCCAACUCUACACACCGCAUCAGUCUUCAGACCGAGAUGCAGCCCCACAUGGCUCCCCCUCCGCGCUCUUCUUCCCUAAACAACCUCUCCCCCGGCACCCCAACUCUCCCUACUUCUAUCCAGGGGGACACUCCGCAAGUUCACCCUUACCCGACGGUCGAUAGAUUGACCCAAGCUUCCGCCACUAUCGAGCGCACGUCCGACGUCAGUCAGCUGAUGUGGUGCCAAGAUGUCAUCAGACUUGUUGAAAGGCACUGGCACCAGUCGAGCGACAUGAGCUCGCACUUUGAUCGGCCAGUCUCGCCGCCUCCCAACAGCUCGCAUCUCAGUCCCCGACUGCAUGAGCUGCUCGACAAGGCUGCCCCCUUGAUCAUUGCGCUCUCCACCAGCGACGAUACGCGCACGUCAGGGGUGGCCUUGUAUCUUCGGGGAAAACUGUCCUCUUCCGGUGUCUGCCCGGUCAUAUUGCCUAAAGAUGCCAGGCAGGCUUUCCAGGAUUUUGAUGCGUCGGCAAGACAAGGAGAAGCGAGGUCUUGGUAUAGACUUGGCAAGGAUUACGAGGCUGUGAACGAUCUGGCUAGGGCGAGGGACUGCUACGACAGGGGUGCCAAGAGAAGCGAAUGCGAGAGUGCUUUUAGGAUGGGUAUCGCAUACCUCCGAGGCCAGCUCGACCUCCCGCCCAACCCCUCUCUCGGACUUCAGCUGCUGCCCCAGGCAUCCGACACGUCCACUGUCGACUUUCCCCAGUCUUCUUACGUCUAUGGCAUGUUAUUGGCAGGCGAAAUCUCCCUCCAAGCCGACAUUCCCCCUCAUCUCAUUCUUCCUCCCUCUUCUCCCGUCACCGAAAGCUUCAUUUCCCAGCAAGUCAACGCCCGCUCCGCCAUCGAGCGCGCGGCCUACCUCAACUACCCGCCUGCCCAAUACAAAGUCGGCCACAUGUACGAAUACGCCGCUCUGUCUUGCCCAUAUGACCCCGCGCAGAGUGUGGCUUGGUACACGUUUGCGAGCUUGGCGGGCGAGACAGAGGCAGAUAUGGCGUUGAGCAAGUGGUUCUUGUGUGGGGCGGAAGGAUUCUUUGUGAAGAAUGAGGACAAGGCGAGGGUCUAUGCGGAAAAGGCUGCGAAGAAGGGACAUCCCAGUGCUUGUUUUGCGUUGGGCUAUUACUUUGAGAUUGGGAUGGGAUGCAAUGCCGCCAAGCUCGGCAACGCAGAUGCCCCGGGCCGACUUGCAGCUCUCUCUCAAGCAAACCCCUCCACGAUGACCAUAACGGAGCACGAGACGAGACUGCGAAAUACCAUCAUCCGUAAACAUACCACCGCCAAGAACCGGUCAGACCGAUUCUCCAUCUCCAGAAGUGGACGGGCUCCCGAAGACCAAGGAGGGCAGUCGUCGGGUGCGCCGGUACUGGGAGAGCAGACCGAUUUCGCUCAAAUUCCUGGACCCCAGCCGGGCGCGCCAAUCCAGCCGCCAAUCCAGCCGGUUGCAGCCAGACCAGGGGAGAUCAUGUCGCCCAUCGCCAUGUCGCCCUCCGCCCCCCGUUCCAACUUUCGACCUCCGAUGCCCAUGCGGCAAGGCUCGCUAGGCCCACCUCCCUCAGCCUACCCACCCGGAGCUGCCCCGCCCACUGUGCCCCGGCCGGCGUUCAGCAGGCAGAACUCGAACAACUCUGUCAAUUCAUACCCUGGGCAAAGUGCUGCUUCUUCGGUGGUCUCUUCGGCGGGAACGACCCAUGAGUUGCCUGUUCCAGUCCGUCAAUCGGGGCCUGGCGGUAGCUUGGAAGGCGCAGGAGCAGGAGAGAGAGCAGGAGCGACGCCGGAAAAGAAGAGGGGACCACAGACAUUUGCAGAGAUGGGCUUUGUGAGUAAGCCAGUGGAGGAAGAGAGUUGUGUGGUGAUGUAA